UCAAAUUUGAAUUCAACUUCUUGUUGUUUGGCCUUGAAUUGAAGAAAAAAUUGACUGUUUGUACAGAGAGAAAAGCAAAAAGGAAAAUGUAACUCAGAAAGCUUCCAUUUCUCUUUAUCUCUUUCCCCAUUCUUUUCUUCACCUGCUCAUCAACAACUGCGACCCACAAACUCCAAAAGAUUUCAGAAUCAAACGGGAGAAAAAGGUCGAAUGAAGUUUUAAAGGAAACCCAAUUCCAUUACGUUUCUCAAGAAUCCCCACUUGGCCGCCACCACUUUUGUUCUUUCUUUUCUUUCUCAUUGGCUCCCACAGCUCAUAGAUUCUCACCCACGUUUGGUUAAAACAAGAAAAGGAUCGUUAAGAAUCUCGAAGCCCCAUACGAACGUUUAUUUUUUAGGUUUUUCUCGAUUCAUCUGAUAACCCAUUUCACUGUUUUAAUCUUUGGUGAAUUAGUGUUUUUCUUCCUGCAUGAUUUGUGGGUUUUUAGUUUCCUUCGUUGUUAGCACUGUUCAUGAUAAACUAUCCAAUUCAGGAGUUAUCAGUAGUUAGAAUUGCCUCGAAGAUCGAGCAGUAGAGUUGUGAAACGUUCAGAAGGAUAGAUCUUCUUGUAAAGUUCGAAGUGUUUGGGAUUUUUACUCGGAAACCCCAUCCCAUUGCUGCUUCCUGAGGUUUCUAUUUCUGGGUUGUUGUAAAGGGUUGCGAAUGUCAUGUCCAAGUAAUAGCUUCCGCUACAAUGGCAGCCUCUGUGCAUGCCCACCAGGCCAGCUUCUUAGUCGAACCAACAACAGCUGUAUUCUAUUCAGCCGCACUUCGGCCAUUACUACAGGGCGGCUCCAGAACUAUGCCGUUAGUUUCCCUGAGACAAUAUUCUCCUUUGAUUCCAUCAGGAAGAUCACGCAGUCUCAGGCUGUGUUUCUUGAGGCCACUCUUGUCAUGCUGCUUUCAUGGCUCUUCUUCUGCAUAUUCCUUAGAUUUAUGAAGCUUGGAGAUGGCAGAAAUAUCUGGUUCAGGAUAAGAUGGUGGGUUAGCAGAUUGGAUGUUUGCUUUGCUACAAGACAUUGGCUGGAUGACCAAAGGACAGUCACAAAACGUAAAACUGAACUUGGUGGAACGUUCUCAAUAGCAAGUUGGAUACUUUUCAUUGGCCUGUUCGCUGCGUUGCUUUACCAAAUCAUAUCUAAGCGAAGCAUUGAAGUGCAUAAUGUGAAAGCAGCAAAUGCACCAGACUUGGUUUCCUUUGUGAAUGACAUUGAAUUCAAUAUAACCACAGUCUCUACUAUGAGUUGUGCAAAUAUUCGUGGUCUUGAUACUAUCGUGUUUGGAAAUCCUGGUUUUCUGGAACAGAAAGUAAUGCCUCUGUCAAGUUUUGCAAACUUCUCCUGUCAAAACAGGAGUGAAGGCCCAACUAUAAGUUUGAAGUGUGAAAGGUGUCGUUUCAUUCAGGAUGAUGUUUAUAUCUCAUGGCAGUUUGUUGAUCUUCCAAAUAAUCCUGCAAGUGCUGUUGGAUUUGAGUUUAACAUAUCUGCUAACGAUCAUGUUCAGAAGAAUCAGGAAAGUUUUGUUAGUGGAACAUUGAAAAAUAGAAGUAAUUUUGAUGAUACACCAGUUACGUUCAGAGGGAAGAGUGCAAAUAUAGUGCAGUUUAACCUAUUUCCAAGAAUAUACAGUAAUAAACAGGAUUCCAAGCUCAUGCAGCCCUUAUUUCAUGAGUUUGUUUCAGGUUCAUCCUUUCAAAAUACAAAUGACCUCCAAUUGUCCCUUGAAAAUGCAAAUGAUGGACUACUCAACAUCACCUUGUACAUCAAUCUUCUCUCCUCGUACAUUAUUGAGGUAGAGAGUCAAAACAUUCUGGGCCCUGUUAGCUUCCUUGCAGAUCUUGGUGGCUUAUAUUGCAUUAGUGUUGGCAUUUUUUUCUACCUUCUGGUGCAGUUUGAGUACAGAAUUAAAAAACUCCGCAAUGAAGACAGUGUUAUGCGUAAAAUUAGAAAUCGAAGAAAAGCACAAGAACAUUGGAAUAAGUUGAGGAAAUAUGUAAUGUAUACAUGGGGCUGCAGUGCACUGGUUGGUGAUUAUAAUGAUCAGUCAGAAACAUCAAGUUGUCCCAACUGCAUUGGUCAACCAAGUCAUAAGAAUGGAUCCUCGCGCAAGCGACAUUUAAGGAGUGGAAGUAGUACUGCUAUCAACUUUAACAUAGAUGUAAAUGGAGCUACCAAGAGGACUGCUAAUCAAGAUAUGAAAACUCCGAAGGCAACAGCUACUGACCAGGAAAUGAGAAUGAUAGCAACCAAGCAAGAGCAACCUCUGCACCAUCAAGUACUUGGUUCUACCUAUGAGGAGAAGCAACGGACCGUUCCAUUCAAAGGAGAUUCUUCACAACCUGUAGAUUUUUCUCGUCCUGAAGAUAUUAUUCCGCUACCACCUUUAAUAGAUUUUAAUGAUUGUUCUGAUGUCGACAUGUCUAAUAUCUUGAAGAAUAUGAAAAGUUUGUACGAGUAUAAUGUAUUUCUUAGAGAAAAGCUAUUGUCAACUCAAUCCGAGGUUCGUGCUUUAGCGACCAAGUCUGCAACGUAAACAAAUCACUAAAGUAGAUCAAAUGUAUAUCUAAAAUCUUCAACCAAGGAGGUAUACUAAAAGGUGAAUCACAAACAUAUCUUGAGAGGCGCUCGGAUAACCGAGGGAGACCUUGCCAAUGUACUUUGCUCUGUUGUAAUAUCGUUGAUAUUGGUUUGUACCUCUGUACCAUGUGUUGGAACAUGUACUGAUGAAGGAAAAUGUAUUUCUGUACCUAGUGUUUGUAUUCUGCUCAAUAUUACAAAUAUAUGAAGUCAAGGAAUUCAAUUGCUUCCUA